GAAGCGCCACGGCCCAAUUCAACAUACCAGUAGCCCAUUUACACUUCACCAAACUAUAAAUGUGAUCCUGUUUGCCCUGAACUAGGGUUUUAGAGGUUGGGGUUUUCCGCGAUCGAAGUCGAAGCUAAGCAAUUUCGCCAGUUCGCCGCAAUGAUCUACGAUGUGAACUCUCCUCUCUUCAGGUCCUUCCUCAGCCAGAAGGGAGGCUCCUCUGAUAAGAGGAAAAUGGAAGAGCAAAAGCCGAAGGAGCAGAGGCCGAAAGCAAAUGAAAACAAACCUGUAAUGACGGAGUGACAGGUGUGUGGAUUAUUAAAGCAUUGGCAUGGGGUUUGGAACAAUACAUUUUUCAUAUGCUUUUGUAUUUGUUUGGAAGCAGCUGGCCGGAAGACAAUUUGUUUACUGUAUCUGGAUUUUGAGUCUGUAAUAUUCUCCCACUUUUCAUACUCGUUGGAUAUGGUGUUAUUGUCAGCCUUGUUUGGUAUGGGGCGUAUCUUUUAUGCUGAGUGAAUAUGAGUGACUUGUGCUGUGGAUAA